AUGGCAGCCGAAUUAAGUCAGCCACUUAGCCACAUGUCAGGCAACAGGUUGGCAGCCAAAUGUAUAUCAACGGCGUUGGUGCUUUGUCUCUCGCCGCUCUCUGAGCAGAAUCAGCAGGCCACCUCUUUAAAGGUUCGAGUGUCCUUUGCCGAUUUGAGCUUCCUGCUUUGGGGUCUCAUUGGUGUUUGGCUGUAUCACAGCAAAUCUUGGUGUGGAGGGGUUGGGCCUGUGCUCUGGGCUUGUCUCUUCGAUGUCUCACGGGUUACUCCUCAUAUGUUCGUAAAUUUUCUGUGCCCGACCACGACCACGACCACGACCAUGACCCUCAUUCACAUUAAUUGUUGGCAAGUCCUCAUUGUACAGAGUCCGCUAGGCGACUCGUUCAAAAGUAUAUCAAAUGCUUUAGCCUGGCCAAGUCGCGCCUUGGGAGAUAUCCAGUCACACAUCGACUGGGAUCUGUCGGACACCCAAACACUUCCACCCAUCACGGCCGAACUCCGCUUCGUACGACACUAUGCUCUAUGUCUCGUCCCCAAAGGUGUUUGGAAUAGGGACGACUUGACUCGACUUGAAAAAAUACAGCAGGCCUGGGUUUGGGAGCACACUGGGAAAAAGGCGGAACUCCGAGACCCAACGCGACUGGCCCGUGAAGUCAUCCAGAAGAUUGAUGCUGUGCAAGAUAUUGGUGAAACACAACUCAAUCCAGACGCCGAAGUGAUAGUCUAUCAGCGAUUAUUCUGUGCUUGGGGUCCGUACCACCCCUUGUUCUGGAACUGUCAUGAUCUCGCUAUCCGCUUAGCAUAUGUCAUUCUCGGAGAAUCCGCCGGCGAACUCCUACGAGAACUACUCGGAAGCUUGAAGCGUGUGGUAGGCUCCGUUCUCCAGGAGGCUACCUCGAUCAGUCUUGGGGCACUUCACUUGAUUAGUGCUGCUACUAUGGGCAAUGCAUAUAGGUUGGUCAUACGCCAGUAUGAACUGGCGAAUGCAGUGCACAUCGCUUUAUAUGCACUCUACAAAAAGGCUUCGGGUGCGCCGACCGACGAAGCGGACGAAGACUCAGCUCGCGGUCAAGCUGAGCCACCAUGUCGACGCAGUAUUCAUUUAGAGCAAGUGUUUCCAGAGUUGGGGCGACUUCACGAAGUUCUUGCCACAUGUGGUUACGGGGCCAGUAUGUAA